AACAUAUAACUAAUCAUUUAAUCAAUGAAUUAGUAGUAUUUACAAGAAUUACGGCGAUAAAAACAGUUGUUUGAUUAUUUCUAACCUGAGACAAUGAGUGAGAGAUCUCAUUGUUUAUAUAAAUAUACCAAAUACUUUGCCAGCAAAAUACACAUGAAACUGUACUGUCUUUUGCAGCAGGCCAUUGUACUUGUAACAACUUCCUUGUUACAAAGUUUCUGUCAUUCACAAAACAAAACCUCUGCUACUACAGCAGAGUAACAAAACCUCGACUGUUUUUAUUUUUUAUUUUUUAUAGUUUGGUUUUGUUAACCCAUUUAUGAAAAAACCAUAAAGAUCUUAACUUUAAUUGAUUUUAGGAAAUGGGUUAUCAAAAAAAGCUUCUGGGUAUGUUUUUUUGGAUGUACUUGGUAAGCUUCAGUUUCAGCUUCAUUGGAGUGAAUUGCAUAGGAUUAGGAAAUGAUUCAGCUGUGAAAGGGGUUGUUGUAAUUCAUGGCAAAGCUUUUAUUGGAAGGAUUGAUAAUGAUUUUGUUUGUGCAACUCUUGAUUGGUGGCCUCCUCAGAAAUGUGACUGGGGAAGAUGCAGUUGGGGUCAUGCUUCUCUUCUUAAUCUGGACCUCAACAACAAAAUUUUGUUAAAUGCAAUAAAAGCCUUUUCACCUUUGAAAAUUAGAUUGGGUGGUACUUUGCAAGAUAUGGUCAUAUAUGGAACUGAAGAUAAUAAGCAAUCCUGUACUCCAUUUGCUCUGAGCUCUAAAGAAAAGAUUGAUUUUGGUUUCACUAAAGGGUGCUUACCAAUGCAAAGAUGGGAUGAGCUAAACAGCUUUUUCCAAAAAGCAGGGGUUAAAGUUAUAUUUGGAUUAAAUGCUCUUGCUGGAAGAUCUUUUGAAUCUGGUUCUGCUGUUGGACCUUGGAACUAUACUAAUGCCGAGUCUUUUAUACGUUAUACUGUUGCAAAGAAGUACACUAUUCAUGGUUGGGAAUUCGGUAAUGAAUUGUGUGGAGGUGGAAUUGGAACAAGUGUAGCUGCAGAUCAAUAUGCUUCUGAUGUAAUUGUUUUAAGAAAGAUAAUUCAAGAUGUAUAUAGAGGGGUUAAGCCAAAGCCACUCAUUAUUGCACCUGGAGGCUUCUUUGAUGAAAAUUGGUUUAAGGAAUUCUUAAACAAAUCGGACGAAUCCACAAAUGUGGUCACCCACCACAUUUAUAACCUUGGACCAGGAGGUGAUCCGCACAUAGUUGAAAGAAUUCUCGAUCCAUCCUCUCUUAAUGGAGUGGCUGGCAUAUUCAGCAGCCUUAAAAAUGUACUUCAAAGUUCAAGAACCUCAGCUCAAGCAUGGGUUGGUGAAGCAGGAGGGGCUUCGGGUAGUGGUCAUCAUCUGGUGUCUGAUGCAUUUGUCAACAGCUUUUGGUAUUUGGAUCAGCUUGGCAUGUCAGCCACUUAUGGCACAAGAACAUACUGCAGACAGACUUUGAUAGGAGGAAACUAUGGUUUAUUGAAUACCACUACUUUCAUGCCAAAUCCAGAUUAUUAUAGUGCUCUUCUUUGGCACCGACUCAUGGGAGGACGUGUCCUGUCAACUACCUUCUAUGGAACAAAGAAGAUCAGAACUUAUGCACAUUGUGCAAAGGAAUCUAAGGGAAUCACAAUACUGUUUCUCAAUUUGGACAAUAGCACCACUGUUCAAGCCAGAGUGGCCUUAAAUUUUGCCAAGAAACCAUCCCCUCAUAAUGUGGGAGAAUCACAAAGAAGAGAGUACCAUUUAACAGCAAAGGAUGGAAAUUUACAUAGCCAAACUAUGGUACUAAAUGGAAACAUUCUAAGUGGAAAUUCAGCUGGUGACAUUCCUUCAUUGAAUCCUAUAUAUGUUGAUUCUUCAAAGCCAAUAACAGUUAGGCCUCUUUCUAUUGUAUUUGCACAUAUACCAGAUGCUGCUGUUAAAGCUUGCAGCUAGCUAGCUCAAUGGCACUAGGCAAAACCGAAAAUCGGUUUCCCUUGGUGAUUGAUAAGAAAAUUAAACACAGUAUAAUACAAGAAAAGUACUAGUGUUAGAUUGUUUGGAGGGCGAAGCCCUAGGAUUUUGAUUUAUUUUGCAUAAUCCCAAUGCACUAUUCAGUUCAUUAUGAUAAUUGUAAAUUUCAUUAUAAAUUGAAAGUGACAUUCAGUUUCUUGCCUUAGGUGGUGAGUCAUUUUCUCACACAUUUAAUGUUUGAUUCCUUAAUGCUCAA